AGAGAGGGCGGAGCGUGGGGAGGACGGAACCACCGGGGCGGGGUGGGGAGGUAACGGGACGGGCGCGACCAUGGCGCGGUGAGGGAGCGGGGGUGGGGAUCGGUCUGGGGGAGGCCUGGGGCCGCUGGCUUGUGCGCCGUCUCGGUCGCCCCCCCUUUCGCCGCCGCCGCCGCCGCCGCCCCGGGCAUGUCGUCCAACUGCACCAGCACCACGGCGGUGGCGGUGGCGCCGCUCAGCGCCAGCAAGACCAAGACCAAGAAGAAGCAUUUCGUGUGCCAGAAAGUGAAGCUAUUCCGGGCCAGCGAGCCGAUCCUCAGCGUUCUGAUGUGGGGGGUGAACCACACGAUCAAUGAGCUGAGCAAUGUCCCUGUCCCUGUCAUGCUAAUGCCGGAUGACUUCAAGGCCUACAGCAAGAUCAAGGUGGACAAUCACCUCUUCAAUAAAGAGAACCUCCCCAGCCGCUUUAAGUUUAAGGAGUACUGCCCCAUGGUGUUCCGAAAUCUCCGGGAGAGGUUUGGGAUUGAUGAUCAGGAUUACCAGAAUUCCGUGACGCGCAGCGCCCCCAUCAACAGUGACAGCCAGGGCCGGUGUGGCACUCGUUUCCUCACCACCUACGACCGGCGCUUCGUGAUCAAGACUGUGUCGAGUGAGGACGUGGCUGAGAUGCACAACAUCUUAAAGAAAUACCACCAGUUCAUAGUGGAGUGUCACGGCAACACCCUUUUGCCACAGUUCCUGGGCAUGUACCGCCUGACCGUGGAUGGCGUGGAAACCUACAUGGUAGUCACCCGGAAUGUGUUCAGCCAUCGGCUCACCGUGCACCGCAAGUAUGACCUCAAGGGUUCUACUGUGGCCAGAGAAGCCAGCGACAAGGAGAAGGCCAAGGACUUGCCAACCUUCAAAGACAACGACUUCCUCAACGAGGGGCAGAAGCUGCACGUGGGAGAGGAAAGUAAAAAGAACUUCCUGGAAAAACUGAAACGGGAUGUAGAGUUCCUGGCCCAGUUGAAGAUCAUGGACUACAGCCUGCUGGUGGGCAUCCACGACGUGGACCGGGCCGAGCAGGAGGAGAUGGAGGUGGAGGAGCGGGCGGAGGACGAGGAAUGUGAGAACGACGGGAUGGGCGGCAGCCUGCUCUGCUCCUACGGCACGCCUCCCGACAGCCCCGGCAACCUCCUCAGCUUUCCCCGGUUCUUUGGUCCUGGGGAGUUUGAUCCCUCUGUUGACGUCUAUGCUAUGAAAAGCCAUGAAAGUGCUCCCAAGAAGGAGGUUUAUUUCAUGGCCAUCAUCGACAUCCUCACACCAUAUGAUGCGAAGAAGAAAGCUGCACACGCUGCCAAAACAGUGAAACAUGGGGCGGGGGCCGAAAUCUCGACUGUGAACCCUGAGCAGUACUCCAAACGCUUCAACGAGUUCAUGUCCAACAUCCUGACGUAGUUACCUUCUACCUUCAGCCAGAGCCAGAGUGCUGGACGUGGGGUCGGGGACUGGAAGACGGGGAGAGGGUGUCAUUGGGGUAGACGGGAGGGCGGGGAGCAGCGUGGGGGCGGGGAGGGUCCUCAAACGCAGCUGCAGCCUUGACGCUGGAAGGGACUCCAGCUGGGGAGGACGGCUGUGCCGUGUGUGCGCGUGCGCGCUCACGGGGCGGCCCCACCUUCUGUUCACCUUCAUUUCCCCUCCCCAUCUGGCCCAGGUUGAAAAAGGGUUGCCUUUUUGUUACGUUGUCACCUCGUAAGGUACCUUGAGGCUAGAGCUGACUUUGUGGGUUUCUUUGGGUUUUGUUUCUGAAACGUCCUUGCUCCGGAUUUGCUAUUUAUAAUGAUGGAUGUCGUCGCCCUAUCCGCCCUCCCCAUCUCCGCCCUGCCCUCAGUUCCCUUCAACGAAAGAAGCACCCAGAGACCCAGCCAGGGGUCCUCUCAGAGCCCAGCGCUCUGAUGCCGGAGGAGAGAAGGUUGGACCCCUCAGCCCUGCUGCAUCUGAUCUUGCCUGGAUUGACUUUCCAAUUUUGUGGAGUAUUUUGCACAGCUUCCUCCACCUUUCCGCCUCGGAUCCAAGUGAAAUGUUACAUGAUUCUUCCAUCUAAGUGCUCUCCCUCCUGAAGGAACGUUCCGGAUCAACAUCAGGUGUCUUGGAUCAGAAUCAAAGGUCUCCGAGGGCAGCGUGUUCAUCCUCGUGGGAUGGUCAGGGGUCGGGGCGGCUGGGCUCUCAGACAGCUGGUUCUCAGAGAACCCCGUGAUCGUCGCCCGAGCCUCUGGGCUCGCUCGGCCCCUGGAGUUCAGAUGUCUCCUCUCUAAAGCCUGUCUCCCACUGAGUCAAGGGCAACGAGGAAGCGCCUUUGGAUGGAAUGGAACCCUUGUGCUGAAGUGCGUAUCUCCCCUUGGGAAGAGCCGAGGAGGAGCAAAUGAGGUCUUACGCCCUCCUUCCAUUUGCUUCCCUCCAACCUUCUCCCAGGCAGGGGAGCUCGUAGCUGGGGGCAGAUCUCUGCAUGCCUGGGGUGCUCUUUGCAGGGCUACCUCUUCAAGCCCCGGGCUACCCUGUAGGCGGCAGGGAGUGGUGUUCCCCACCUUGGAGUGUGGCACCCAAGCCUGAGGUCGCUUCUGAGCCACUUGAGGACCUGACCCAGGAAAUCCAGUUUGGAGGCUUGAGGUGCGGUGUGACCUGGCCCCAAGCUCGGAGCUCUGUCUCCUUGAUGCCGCCCUCUAGACAUUGAGCAGAUCUGCCACGCGCAGGCCUCCUCGGGAGUGGCAUUCUGCAGCCUCCUCCAGGAUCGCCCUCCACCUUCUGCGCCUGCUCCCCAGGCCUCAGCAUUGAGAUGCCGUCAGAGCGGUCUGGUCUGGCCACAGAGAAAGCAGCCCUGUGUUGGGGGAGGCACAUUCCUGCGACUUCUCACCUCCUCACCGGGAACUGGGGGUUUGGGACGAGAUGGUGAAACUUGUAGAUAACUCCAUGGAUGGAAAGAAAGCUUGUGGAACCCUUUUGAAUGAGGGGAUUGGUUUUCUUGGCUCCCUCCACACCUGGCCAAGCUUAGCUUCUGGAAUAAGAAUGAGCACAUCUCUGCCCCACCCCACAGCAUUUAGGACAGGGAGGAACGGAGACUGCAUUCUUGAACUCUACCGGGGCGGUCGGAACCCUUCUGGAAGAGGCAGACGGGGGGUGGGGGGCACACGACUGCCCCGGCCCCAGGCAGGGGCUGUAGGUCGCUCCGAAUGUCAGCAGCAAGACUGCAGAGGGACGUGGGGAAGAGCUUGGAACCAGGCGGCUCACGGAGAAAACAGACUUGACUUAGGAAGGGACUAGUAGGAAUGGUGUUUGGACUUGAUUUCCCCACCUCCUCAUCAAGAAUGGAAAUUGGAUCUGCCCCUCGCCAGGCUCAGCCUCUCCAAAGCGUGGUGGGCUGUCCUCCAGCAGCCUCCACAGCCUUGGGGCCCCACCGGCUUCCUGCAUUUGGUCUGCUGAUCAUGUUGCCGUAAUGUGCACGCAAAGUGUAACCAGUCGUAUCGGUGAAAGGUGAGCUCCCAGAUACCUAACUUCUUUAACAGUGAGUUCUUGUGGGGGUUUCUUUUGGUGUGUGUGUGUGUUUUGUUUUUUGUAUAUUGUUUACAUUAUGAGAGGUAGCAUUCUAUUUUAAAUGCUCUUUUUGUUUUCCUGACAGUAUUGUUGACUGGGUCGAAACAUUUGAGCUGUGGUUUGGUGGAUUUAAAAAAAGGUUUUAACGGUUUUUCUCUGGGCUGUCUUCAGAACCUUGGGUUUGGUCCUCUAAUUCCUUUGGCAUUCGGAUGUUUAAAAGCUAUUUAUCUUGGUUUAUACACAUUUCCCCUCUUCUUUUCUUUCUGUAACGAUGAUGUUAUAUUUGGUUUGCAGUCUGAAUGUAGAGAAAGUGAAGUGAUCCCCAAACUCUUAUCCGCCCCCCUUCUUUUCUCCAAGUCCCACCAUGCCCUCUGGGCAAUAGAAGGUGUCCCAGGGGUAGGCUCGCCCCUCACCGUCACUCUUUGGAGCCAUGAAGACAAGCUGAAUGGUCUUACGGGAUCCCAGAAUAAUGUCGGGUCUCCCAAGAACAAAGGGAUAAAAAUCGGACCUGGCUGCCUGGGAGAGGCCUGGAUGGAACUGAGGGCAGAAUUCCUUUCAUCCUCCCCUCACGCCCCGCCACUGACCCAGUCACAGCCUCUCCCGGCCUUCCCCGUCUCCUUCUGAAAGUCGAUGGCCGAGAAGACCCUAUGGUCUCCCGUCUCCCCACCAAGGCGACGGGUUCUCUGAAAACUCCACCCAGACCACUGGAAGGAGGCUUCUGGCCUUUGUUCCUGUCCAUGAACCACUGUCUUUGUCCCCCAGUGCAAGCUCCCUCCCUGUGCCCUGCAGUUUGGGGGUCACAGGGCAGGCUAGGAAGCCAGCAGUUCCAGGAGCAGACCAAGGCAGCGCUUGAUCCCUCCUCCUCUAGCUCAGGGGAUGCUGGUCGGUGGCACCUGCUCUGAGUUGCCCCUGUGACUGCGCUCAGAGGCACUCCCGAGGUUCCCACCACAGGCAGCUGGACCUCCCUCCCCCCUCUUCCGACUUUUGUUUCUCUUGCCUGUCUUUAGGCCUCCAACAGGUCCCCUGGUAGUGCUCAGGGCUUGGGACUAGACACUCCUGCCCUACUGACUCUCCUCUCUAGUCUGCCAGGGCCUGCCCAGCGAGGUGGACCAGAGACCCAGGACUUUUCUCAGUAGCCAGUCCAACCCCCCCAAAUUAUCUUUCUACCAGUUCAAGUUGAGAGAGAGAAAAAAUUUCAGCAACCCCCCAGCACUUGAGCUACUCAAGUGUAAGGGGCCAGAAGGGACAGUGUGUUUAAAACAGCCCCUAGACAGCCUUAGACCUGUGGCUCCCCCAGUCCCAGGGACCUCACUUCUUUCUGGCAGAAACGUGGGCAGGGGGUCCAGCCUGAGCACAGGAAUCAAAGGGAAAACGCACUCAAACUGCCCCCACAUCUACCAGCCAUCCGCAGGGGGCUGUAACACAGCCCUAGCCUUCUGAAAUGUGCCACUUAGGACGAGCGUCUCCAAAGGGAAGAGGAUUAUCGGCUGUCCCCAGCAGCUUGUGCCAAGAGCCUUUGGAGGCUGGGGAAGAGAUUUCCAGAGGAGCCCCUUCCCCUUGCUCAGAGCCAUUUUCGGAGGAAGUGGGGUCCAGCAACCUUUGGGGGAAGGCCUGGUGCUGCUCAGCACACACAAGCAUCAGGUCAGAUCAUUGUAAUAAAAAAAUGUGAAUGAAGUUUAGAUUCCGCUUUGGGGGGAACAAGAUAAACCACCACCCCACCAUAUGUGUGUGACUUCUCAAUUUCCCGCUGCAACUUCCAUUUUUUAAAUAGGAAUUUUCAGCCCCCUGUGCUUGUCUAAUGUCUGCUCGGAACAAUUCGAGACCCUGUUACUGUUUUAAAAUGCAUGCAUGUUAAGAUGAAUCUCCAACCCGAGGAAAAAAAUAAAACUCAAAAAAGCUUUGUGUACACA